AUGUGCUCCCGCAAGAUCACCAAAGAAGUGGACGUUCCUUGCCAGGCUCAAUCUCAGCAAGAGGUGUGCCAGGACGUUCCGCGCAAGAUCAAGAAGCAGGGAUACAAGUUCGAGAAAAAGAACGAGACUUUCGCUUGCCAGAAGCACGAGUUCGAAGAGCGGUGCUAUGAUGUGAAGAAACCGGCGAAGAAUGUCUGCGCUGCAACCCUCUUCAGGACAAUCGAGAAGCCAUGCAUGCGCCAGGAGUUCCAGGAGGUGUGCAAGGACGUCGAGCAGAUGAUUGCUCAGCCCUGCCUUGAGGAGAAGCGUUCCGAAAUCGAAGUACCUUGCCCUGAGCAGAGCGUCGAGGAGAAAUGCAUUCACGUGCCAGUGUACGAGAUGGGAACCUGCUCAACUGUCAUCCAAGAAGCAGUCGAAGCUCCAUGCGCGAAACAAGAGCCUGCGUUGAAAUGCGAAGAGAAAUCGGUUGAGAGAGCAGGUACCUGCUUCCGCAAGGAGACCAUUCAGGUGCCAUAUACCUGCUAUGAAACUGCCUAUGAGGAGAAGUGUGUUCAGCUUCCUAUCACUGGCAAACCCCUGCCUCCUCCUGCAAAGAAGCUCUAA